AAAGCCGCGCCGCCGCCCGCGGUCUCCAGGCCAGCCCCCCGCGUUCUUCCGGCCAGCAGCCCGCGGCGGGGGAGGGGCAGCCGCCACUCGCGUUCUCCCGGCACCGGCCGCCGGCGGAAGGGCCGCGCGGCGCGGAAGCGCGGCCGCAGCUGAGGAUCAGCUGCUGGAGGAGGCGGAGAAGGAGAGGGAGGAGCCUAGGGGGGGAAAGGGAGGGAGGGGACCCUCUGGAAGCCGCGAACGCCACCGAGUGUCUGCACACCUCGCUCCGUCUGCCAUGGCUGGUUAAAGAACCAUCCGGAUCGCAGCGCGGGGGGAGGGCUGGGUGGGGGGAGAGCGGCGGCCGCGCGUGAGGCCGAGGGAGGGGCGGCGGCGCGAGCGGCGGCGGCGGCGGUUCCAGCAUGAAGAGGAGAGCUGGCCUGGGGGGCAGCAUGAGGUCAGUGGUGGGCUUCUUGUCCCAGCGGGGCUUGCAUGGGGACCCCCUGCUCACUCAGGACUUUCAGAGGAGACGCCUGCGGGGCUGCAGAAACCUCUACAAGAAGGACCUCCUCGGCCACUUCGGCUGUGUCAAUGCCAUUGAAUUCUCCAACAAUGGAGGCCAGUGGCUGGUCUCAGGAGGAGAUGACCGUCGGGUUCUGCUAUGGCACAUGGAACAAGCUAUCCACUCGAGAGUCAAGCCCAUACAGCUGAAAGGAGAGCACCAUUCCAACAUUUUUUGCCUGGCUUUCAACAGUGGGAACACCAAAGUAUUCUCUGGAGGAAAUGAUGAACAAGUUAUCCUCCAUGAUGUUGAAAGCAGCGAGACCUUGGAUGUGUUUGCUCACGAAGAUGCAGUAUAUGGCUUGUCGGUGAGCCCCGUGAAUGACAACAUUUUUGCCAGCUCCUCAGAUGAUGGCCGGGUUCUUAUCUGGGACAUCCGGGAGUCCCCCCAUGGAGAGCCCUUCUGCCUCGCAAACUAUCCAUCAGCCUUUCACAGUGUCAUGUUUAACCCUGUGGAGCCCAGGUUGUUGGCCACAGCCAAUUCAAAGGAAGGAGUGGGACUCUGGGAUAUUCGAAAACCUCAGAGUUCUCUCCUGCGCUAUGGUGGCAACCUGUCCCUCCAGAGUGCGAUGAGUGUGCGGUUCAACAGCAACGGGACCCAGCUCCUGGCCCUGAGGCGUCGCCUGCCCCCAGUGCUCUAUGACAUCCAUUCCCGCCUGCCUGUGUUCCAGUUUGACAAUCAGGGUUACUUCAACUCUUGCACCAUGAAAAGUUGCUGCUUUGCAGGGGAUCGUGACCAGCAUCACAACUGGGAAGGAGAACCCAAGCUGUGUUUCCAGCCUUUUCACAGUCUCACUGGGAAUUGAGACACUGAUGUUGACUUAGAGCUGGCAGUCUAAAAACAUGCUUGACAUUCUUGCACCUGUCUGUCUUGGCCAUAGAAGUUCUGAAGUGAGUGUCAGUGAGUGCACCAGUUGGACUGGUCUCAGUAAUCAAGCCGAGGAAAAACAAAUAUGGAGGCAUUGGUCAAAUAAACAAAUAGAUUUUUUUUUUCUUCUAAAACACAACAGAUCUUAUGCUAUUUCCCAUCUAGAUUGGAAAAAUAGAGUUCUUAGUCUCUUGCUAAUGCUUAGUGUUCUCUUUGGGUUCAUCAACCAUGUAAAAUUUUGACAUAUACUUCUCACGUGCUGUACUCACCUCUUUAGAGUUGACAUAAAAGAAACCGUUCUUGGGGAACUUGUGAAUACUCUGCCUUUUUUUUUUUUUUUCUUUUUUUUGAGAGGGAGAGGGAGUGUGGGGCACAGAGGAUCCAAGGUGAACUCUGUGCUGACAGCACUGAGCCCAGUGGCAGGGCUCAAACACAUGAACUGUGAGAUCAUGACCUGAGCCAUAGUCAGACAGUUAACUAAUUGAGCCACUCAGGUGCCCCCGAGUACCUUGCUUUUAGAAGGCAGAAGCUAAGAUUUUUCUUCCUAGACUGAAGUUGCUACAUGCUCCCCAACAUCAUAGCUUAAAGACUAGUAUAGGUAGUAGGAACACAAUAAAUGCUUGUUGAAUUGAAUUGAAUAUUAAAGAAACUGAAAGUAUCUUUUAAGUUGUCUAGACUAGGGAUGUCCCUUUUAUAAAUAAGGAAUAUAUAUCUAAAUUCAGAAUUUAUAUUGAAGGCAAUCUUAGGGCCUACUUAGCUGUGACACACUGGAAACCACUAGGUGUCCUCAGUUAUAUAAACGAAUGACUUACUUUCUACGUGCUAUUUGUUUCUUAGGUGGGAAGAAGCAGUUUCCAGACAUGAUCAGACUCACAACAGAACAGAUCAUUGUCUGCUCUUUAGAUUGGUUGAUUUAGUUUCAUUUAGCUGUGGAAAUGACAACCAAACCCCUCCCUCUCUUUCUUCCUUCCUUUCUUCCUCCUUGCCUUUCUUCCUUGCUUUUAAGUUGAUUUUCCAUCUUUGUCCAUCUCUUAUGUGUGUGACCCUUAUUUCAAUGAUCAAUAAAAAGCAGGCACUAAAUGUAAUGGUUUAUUAGGCUUUAUUACCAGAAACACAGAGGCUGAGGGAAAGGUGAAGAGGUAAAGGAGAAUAGAUGUUUUUCUUUUAGCUCCUAUAUUAGCAGCCAGAACCUGUCUGCAUGGAGCCCUUAAAAGACCCAGAACAUAGGCCUCGAGCCAAUAUAUAGAACACCCAGACCAUGGUUUCUUGACCUCUGCACUGUCGACAUUUUGGUUAAUUCUUUGUUUCGUGGGGCUCUACUGUGCAUUAUAGGAUACUUAGUAGCAUCCCUGGUCUGUCCCCACUAGAUGCCGGUAAUAUCUCCCCCAGCCAUCCCCCAGACAACCAAAAAUGUCUCCAGACGUUGCCAAAUGUCCUCUGGGAAAAAAAUUGCCCCAACUGAGAACCUCUAACCUAGAUUAUAAUUACCCAUUUUGCCCAGACACACUGGGACAGGUAUUGCUGUAGGCAGAACCAGAGAAGGUAUUUUGUGAUUUUCUUGGUUAUGUACAUUAACAAGAUGUAGUUGUUGUUUUUUUAAUUUUUUAUUAGAUUUAUUUAUUUUUGAGAGACAGAGUGAGACAGAAUGUGAGCAUGGGAGGGGCAGAGACAGAAGGAGACACAGAAUCUUAAAGCAGACUCCAGGCUCUGAGCAGGCAUUCAGUACAGAGCCUGAUGCCGAGCUCGGACCCACGAACCAUGAGAUCAUGACCUGAACCAAAGUUGGACAUUUAACUGACUGAACCACCCAGGCACCCCAAAAUGUAGUUGUUUUUACCUUUAAGGUUAUAUAUAAUGAUAGAAACAUUGAAUGGCUUUGAUUUUUUUCUGUUCAGAUUUGACUAAUUUAUUAUGUGUAAUUUAAAAAAAAUACUCAUUUAAGUAAUCUCUGCACCCAACAUUGGACUCAGACUCACGACCCCAAGAUCAAGAGUCGCAUGCUCUUGUGACUGAGCUAGCUAGCCAGGCACCCCUUAUGUAUGAAUUUUUAUCCUGUGGGGAAAAGAUUAUGUGUACUGUAUCCUCUCUGACAAUCUAGAUGCUUUUUGAUUGGGAUAUAUGGUUUUCUGUGAAGGAGGAUGUGAAGUCAUUGACUCUAACUUUGGAUCCAUUUCAGAGGUAAAGUCUUUCAAGUCUGCUCAUAGUCCCCAUAUAGAUUAUCAGAAGUAUGUAACCUAGGGGAUAGGAAGUAUAGAGAUUUAUGUUAGGCUAUUUUGUUCACUCCUUGGAGACAAAGAAAUGAAAUGUGGCUAAUUCAUCAUUGUCUUGUCUCCAGUACACGAAAGCAGUGAGAGCACAAUAAAUAUUUGUUGAAGCAAAUCUUGAAUACUUCGGUCAAUGUGUGGUUUUAGCUUUUGGUGGGCCUAAGGCUUCCCUAAUUGUAAAGCAGAAUUGAUAAGUACCAUUUUUCCUGCUUAACUUCCAGGGGCUUUAUGAGGAUGAAUUAAAUAAUAGAUUUUCAGUGAGGCUAAUCUACUAAGCUUAUACUUUCUAAGUGCUACACAGGAGGCCAAACUUACGGUCUCAUUGCUGGAACAUGUCUCUCAGAGGUGAUUUAUAAGCUCUGACUUUCCACACUCAGAACUAAAGCAGCAGCUGCUACAGUUAUGGUAUGAUCCACAGGAUUGACAUGUAUAUUCUUUGACUAGUCCAGACAGGAUCUUUUUUUGCUGCUUUCAAAUUCCAAAGCCUAUCCUUUCCUUAUAUUGGUCAUUAUAUUUGGUCUGUUCUUGUAUACUUCGAGAACGCCCACAGCUGGAAGCUCUGUGCUCUGGAACUCUUCAUUUAGUCAUAGACUGGGUAACCAUCCCAGAGAGGAAUCUGAGAAUUUCCAUAAUAGGAAUGAACACGGUCAAGAAAGUGAUCUAUCCAUCUGAGACAGUCUUUUGGCUUUUAAUUACGGUGAGAUUAGUCUUUCCACACAGAUACUGUGCCAAAGAGCCUAUACUUUUUUUUAAGACCAUCAUAGGUUCACUAGGUAAUUCUUUAGCCUCAAAAUGAGAUUAACAUCUCAAGAAAUUAGACUCAGGGAACAGCGUGUGAAAUAGGCUGAGACUACUUUGUGUCUCCCCUAUGCAUAUUGCCACCAUUGUAGAUGAAUUCUAAUUACAGAGCUUUAGAGAUCAUUUUGUAUAGACCCUCUUCUUACAGAUGAGAGAACUGAGGCUCAGAGAGGUUGGGUACAUAAGUCAAGACAUAUAUAUGUGUGUAGCUGAGCCAGGACUAGAACCUAGAUUUUUGAGUUCUCUUUUUAAUAUUUUAUUUUUAAUAUUUUUAUUAUUUAUUUAAUAUUUUAAUAUUUUAUUUUAAAAUAAUCUCUAGACCCAAUGUUGGGCUCGAACUCACAACUCCAAGGUCAGGAGUUGCAUUACAGCCCUCUUCAUUAUACAAAAAAGUUACAACUUGAUGCCAGCAGAAGCAAGGCAAGCAGCAAAAAUGAUUGAAUUGGGUUAGAAGUAAUCAGUAGGGGGUGGUGGCAAGUGUGGCCAACUAGAGAGCCCACCCCUUCUAAAUAUAAAUGAAUAUAAAUGAAUCCCAUCCAGGGGUGCCUGGGUGGCUCAGUCGGUUAAGCGUCCAACUUUGGCUCAGGUCAUGAUCUCAUAGUUCGUGAGCUCGAGCCCCACAUUGGGCUCUGUGCUGACAGAUCAGAGCCUGGAGCCUGCUUCUGAUUCUGUUUCCCUCUCUUUCUGCUCUUCCCCCACUUGUGCUCUGUUUCUCUCUCUCUCAAAAAAUGAAUAAAUGUUAAAAAAUUUUUUUAAAAAAAUGAAUCCCAUCUAAAUGAAGCUUUGACUUAGCUUCAGCCUUUUGUUUCCAUGAGGGCCUCUGGGUUUUUUUCAAAGGAAGCCAGAAAUUAAGAUUUUUAAUGUGAAAUCUCCUGAUUUUUAGAUGUUGUAACAAACUGCUACCUUAUUGUAUGGAUAAAAUAAAUCUGUAUACCAUGCCUAUUCUGCCUUAGAGCCACCAGUUUAAAACCUUUGUGCUUCAGCAGGAUGUUUUUCCCUCAAGUUUAGUUUCUUGGUCUGUCACUAAUUCAUAGGUGAGUGGAGGCAAUUCCUUUUUGCUAUCUCCUACUGUGCCCUUCCUAACUUCAUACCCCCUCCCCCCUCUUUAAAAUGAAAUAAAAUAAAAAAACCCAGGUAUUUAUUGAGCAUCUACUGUGUGCCAGAUGCUGUAGUAGACACGUGACUGACUGCCCAUAAUAACCUCUUUGAUGUUUUCAUUUUAGGGCCCUACAUACAAUCUCUCUUCUCUAUUUUUGGCCAACAGUACAUAGUUUAUUUCUAGUAUAAUUUUUAAUUAUUCAAGUUUUAUGACUUCUGUCAUCAGAUAAGGUGACAUAAGUGACAUCAGAUUGGCUGGGCAUCAAUAAAAGCAAUUAGGCUGGAUAUGGCCUUGAACUUUUUUUUUUUUUAGACCAGCCCACCUUCUAGUCUUAAGGUAUAGUGAGGAAUCUUGCAGUAAAACAGCACUCCUUCCUCUGGAGGCUGCCUGAACCCAAGGGCUCUCCUCCUUGCUAUCACCAUCAUACUUGGAUUUUUUUUUUUUUUUUUUCCUUUUCUCCCUAAAGCCUGACUGGGUGCAUUCUGUUUCCCAAGCUUCACACUCCCCUCUGCAUACUCAGUGAGCCAGUCUCUUAACAGUGUUAAAAAAGAAGACCAAUUUUCCACCUGCUAGCUCUUCUGGCACACGCUCAUAAGACAGCACCAGGCUUUUGUUUCCCUUUCUUUCACAAUUCCUUAAAUGGUUCUUGCCCUACAUUGUGAAAGUCCAGCAGAGCUCAGACUUCUGGGAAGUAAGUCUUUCAGCCUAACAGGUAUAUGUGGCCUGGAAAUGGACAGUGUGGCAAUUUAUUUUUAUUUAUUUUUAUUUUUUGAGAGAGAGAGUACAAGCGAGGGAGGGGCAGUGGGAGAGGGAAGGAGAGAAUCUUAAACAGGCUCCACUCAGCAUAGAGCCCGACAUGGGGCUUGAUCCCAUGACCCUGGAAUCAUGACCUGAGCUGAAAUCAAGAGUCGGACGUUCAGCGGACUGAGCCACCUAGGUGCCCCCAGGGUGGUAAUUUUUUAAGUCUUCUUUUGCUUUGGGUCUUAUCUAAUGCCUCACCUAAUAGUUCCUACCUCUUGCUGAAAAUGGGAGAGGGAAGGAAAGGGAAAGUAUGAUAAAGUUUUCUUAAAAGGGUUGAGCUUGGAUUAUCUGAGCACUGGGAUCACUUACACAGGUCUUUCUUUUUAAGUUGCUAGAUGGCAAAGCCCCCAAAAUCAUGAGAAUGAUAUCCUAACUCAUCCCCUGGAGAAAAGAGCUGACUUGUGCCUUGGGAGUCCAACAAAAUGGCCUUGAAUGCAUUGCUUGGCCUCAGACAUUACAUCAUCACUAAACCUUUCUGUGCUGACAUUAUAUGGGUACGGUAUAGGUGUGGGAGUUCACCAGUAAGUGUGCUCCAGGCCAGUGAAGCACUCUAUAGAGUUAUAACUUUGCUCUUUUUAUAACUCUGUGCAGCCCUGAUUAAGCUUACUGGAGGCAUGGCAUGCCAUAUAUUCUCCUUUAUCUGAAAUAAAGGCAUAGUCUCGGUUUCCAUCCUUUGGCUUGCUUUGUGACUUGAGGCUCAUAUUUUCUUUUCCUUGUCUUUCUUUUACAUCUUAAGUGUUUUUAGCCCUUUAUUCUGAGGCACUUUCAUUUCAUGUUGAAUCCUCCCAGUGACAGGCUUCACCCCCAUGAGAAGCUGAGGCCUAGAGUAUUUGAAACAGCAGAUGUAAUCGGUCACAGAACCAGGACUAGACUGGUUCUUUUUUUGUUCUUUUUUUUAAGUUUAUUGAUUUAUUUUUGAGAGAAAGAGAGCAGGGGAGGGGCAGAGAGAGAGAGGGAGAGAGAGAGAGAAUCCCAAGCAGGCUCUGCACUGUCAGGGUGGAGCCCAAUGCAAGGCUUGAACCACAAACUGUGAGAUCAUGACCUGAGCUGAAACUAAGUGUCAGAUGCUUAACUGCCUGAGCCACUCAGGGGCCCCAGGACUAGACUGGCUCUUGCUGUGAUUGUACUCUCUUCCUCGUAGACAUGCAGCCCCCUGGGCUCUACAAAGCAGGUGUUGGUAGUGUCUUCCAUGGGCUAAUGAGAAAGUGGAAUUCUUUGUAUAUAUUAUUUAGAAGACUUUAUUUUAUAAAAAAAGAUAGCAUGAAAAUAACUUGUUUAUUAAAUCAGCCAUUUAUAGCUCUUUUGGAAUCCUAAACCUCUUUAAAUAUCUAAAAGCUAUGAAUACUUAUUUCAGGAAAAUGUACAUAUGCACAUCAUUUUGCAUAGAAAAUUAGACUUUGUGGAAUUCCUGAAACCUGGAGGUUCUAAGGUGUUAGCAAUCCUGGAUUAAGAUUUUAGCCGUGGAUUAGGUCAUCUUUUAGUCCAUUUACUGAUGCAGUUUUAGAGCUUAGAAAGCUUAAAAGAUUUUGGAGUACACGCAGGCCUGUUAAUAUGGUCUGGUUUAUAAUUGUUCAUCUAAGAAGGAAUACUAGGUGUGCUGAUUUCUUAAGAACAGUUCUUAAGUAUAUGGAGAACAACAGAGGGUUACUGGAAGGGUUGUGGGAGGGGGAUGGGCUAAGUGGGUAAGGGGCAUUAAGGAAUCUACUCCUGAAAUCAUUGUUGCACUGUAUGCUAACUUGGAUGUAAAUUAAAAACAUAAAUUAAAUUAAAAAAAAAAACAUUUCUUAAGAGAUUGAUGUGAUCUGGUGACACAACAUGACAGUUCUCCUUUAUUAUUUUUUUUUAAUGUUUAUCUUUGAGAGAGAGAGGGAGUGAGCAUGAGCAGGGGAGGGGCACAGAGAGGGGGAGACAGAGGAUCCGAAGCACAGCUCUGUGCUGUGCUCAAAUUCACUAACUGCGAGAUCAUGACCUGAGCUGACACUUAACUGAUUGAGCCACCCUGGUGCCCCUAAAGAAAUUCUUUAAAAAUGUACUUUAUUUUUUAUUUUAGAGAGGGAGCACAAGAGGGGGAGGGGGGCAGAGGGAGAGAGAGAAUCCCAAGCAGCCUCCACACUCAGCAUGGAGCCCGAAGUGGGGCUCAAUCCCACAACCCUGGGAUCAUGACCUGAGCCAAAUUCAGACACUCAACUGACUAAGCCACUUAGGUACCCCAAAGUUCUCCUUUAAUGUAGUUCCUGGCUCAGAGACUGGACUCUAUUAAGAAAUUCCUGGUUGGGGUGCCUGGGUGGCUCAGUCGGUUAGGCGGCCAACUUCAGCUCAGGUCAUGAUCUUGUGGUCCGUGAGUUCUAGCCCCGCGUCAGGCUCUGUGCUGACAGCUCAGAGCCUGGAGCCUGCUUCAUAUUCUGUGUCUCCCUCUCUCUGACCCUUCCCUGUUCAUGCUCUGUCUCUCCCUGUCUCAAAAAUAAAUAAACGUUAAAAAAAAAUUUUUUUUUAAUUAAAAAAAAAAAAAAUUCCUGGUAGGGAACAGUAUAACUUUUCCUGUUCUACCUGCCCCAUCCUCCUUCGAGAUUUUACUUCCAGUACUUUUGCCUCUUUUUUGGGUGUCUUCAACCUUUGGAGAAAAAAGUGACAUUUCUUCCUCUGAAUGGUUGGAGACCCUUGCUUGAAUGGAAUAUAAAUACUCAUAUGCAGACUGAAAUGAAUGAUGCCAUCUCUCCACUUUUCAGACCCCACAGACAAAAACUGAGGCCCACAGAAGAGAGAUUAGUUGCUGAAGGCCAUUGGGUUGAUUGCCCAGGUUUCCAAAAGACUUUUGCCAAAUAAAAAUUCUAAAUAAUGCAGGCUACUUUGUUACAAGCAGCUGUUGGAGAUUUAGAGCAUUUUAAAAUUUCUUCCCUACUGAUUAUUUGACUAUUAUUGGCUGUCUUUAUGGAACGUUUCUUUACUAAUAGAAUUUUUCCUACUUAGAACCCAUAAAGGUUAGUUAUUUUAAUAAACCAAAGAAUUCCAGGAGCCUAAUGGAGCCAAAAUGGCAAAUGGUCCAAAGAAGCAAGAAUCAUGUAACUUUACAUGCAAAAAAUAGUGGUAAUAUGGGGCGCCUGGGUGGCCCAGUCGGUUAAGCAUCCGAUUUCUACUCAGGUCAUAAUCUCACGGUUUGUGGGUUCGAGCCCAAGUCAGGCUCUGUAUUGACGGCUUGCAGUCAGGAGCCUGCUUCUGAUUCUUUGUCUCCCUCUUUCUCUAUCCCUCCCCAGCUCACGCUCUGUCUCUCUCUCUCUCAAAAAUAAACAAACAUUAAAAAAAGAUGUAUUCCAAUUCAACAAUGAAAUUUUUAAAAAAUAGUGGUAAUCUUACGAGUAUGUAUAUUUGUAUUUUUUCUUUUUUUUUUUUUAAUUUUUUUUUUUUAAUGUUUAUUUAUUUUUGAGAGAGAUAGAGACAGAAUGCGAGUAGGUUAGGGGCAGAGAGAGAGGGAGGCACAGAAUCCGAAGCAGGCUCCAGGUUCCAGGCUCCGAGCUGUCAGCACAGAGCCCAACGCAGGGCUCGAACCCACGAGCUGUGAGACAUAACCUGAGCUGAAGUUGGGUGCUCAACCGACUGAGCCACCCAGGUGCCCUGGUAUAUUUGUAUUCUUUUGUGGGAGCCAAUGGAAUUCUAUUUCUUCUACCAUAAAUCAGAUAAACCUAUGACUUUGACCAUUUCCAAAGCAAAAUUUCCCUGAUUGCUUUUUUAAAGGGAACUUUAUUUUUUUAAUUUUUUUAAAUGUUUUUUUAUUUUUGAGAGAGUGAGAGACCGUGUGAGUGGGGGAGGGGGAGAGGGAGAGGGAGACAGGGGAUCCCAAGCUGGUUCUGUGCUGAAAGCAGAGAGAGUCCCACUGGGGGGGCUUGAACGCAUGAGCUGUGAGAUCAUGACCUGAGCUGAAGUUGGAUGCUUAACCACUGAGCCACCCAGGUGCCCCUCCCUGAUUGCUUUGGAUGACAUUUGUGGCAGGUACUGAGUAUAAAUGAUAUGAGUAUUAUAUACCAAUGGCAAACCUUUUUCUGGAAAUAGUCUUCUAGAGAGCACAUCACAAAAUUGGUCAAUCACAUUUUUGUCCCUUUCUGACAAAAGGGCAGGAAGAAGUAAGAGUUUGUUUGAUUUAAAGAGUAGUCUCUCCGCUGUUACUAAUCUAGGCUAGAAAGCCAUCUGGUUUUUCUAUCCUAGUCAAUACAGUUAAUUAGACAGACAUGCCAUUUGUUGGAGUCUAAUUAAUCAAUUACUAUGGAAGGAGCCUUGGAGAACUAUGUAAGUUGAUCAGUACUCAAUGAAUAGUAAUUGAUCGAUGUUCCCUUCUUUAUCAACAGAUGUUGAGGAAUAUCAAAUGUUGUGCAAAUAUACAGGCACACACUUAGAUAUAUAUACACUUAGAGAGAAAUUGAGCAGAAAGAUUUCUUUUAGCAAAAGGCCUGUUAAGACAUUUAUUGGGUUAUUCUUGGAGCAUAUCAGGUGAUGGCCUAUCCGUCCUGCCAUCUAGAAUUUCUUUUUAAUGUGGAUUUUGGGUGGGAAGAAGGGGGCAGUUUUUAUUUAUAUCUAUGUUUCUAAACCCAACGAGACCUUAGACUAUUGAUAGUAGGGAGUUAUCUAUGAUGUGUUUAAAUACAGGUGUUAGGGAGAGAAAAAUAGUUGCUUUGCUUGAAGAUGGCUAAUAAAUUUGCAGUUUUGUUUUGUUUUUUUCCAAGAAGCUUCUAUUUAAUAAGCAGUUUUGCUGUGGCAGGCCAAGCCACGUUUAGAUCCCUCUUUGAAUCUUCGGGUUAUUAAAAAUUUCUUACAACUUGGGUGACUCUACAAAGGUGGUCUCUAUAUUUAGAGGCAUGGGUUUCUCUUGGUAUUGAGCUAGCAAAAUGCCUUUGCAAAUAGAAAAAGGUCUUUCUCAGAGCUUGUGUAACUUGAGAAUACUAGGAUGAAAGGGGCAGGAAUUCCUGGAGGGGAUGCUGGGCAUUGCAGCAGCCUACCAGGGUAGGGUGCUGGUGAAUGGCUGUUUUCUGGGUUCAUAGAUUGACAAGGAUAUGUAGGCAAAUGAGACAGUGACAGAGUUCCGAAUGCAGUAAUCUUUUUUUCUUGUUGAUGGUGGUGGCUCCUUCUUGAAAUCUAUUGAGAAGAACAGUUGUUGUAUCCCUCUGCUUGAACAGGUUAAUAGCUCCAUACUGAUAGUGGAUUAGAGAAAAUGCACUGGCCUCAGGUUAACUCUAUUUAGAACUAGGCUACUUCAAGAUCAGUAAACAGGCUGUCCUCUUGGACUACACAACAAAUGAACAGUGAGAUGAGUCAGAGUGUGGCUAGCCCUUAAACUUUGUGGCCAGCUGGGAAGGAUUAUGGAGGAUGUGGAUCCGUAAUUUGUGUAAUUUAUGCUCGUUUUUGUAUUGGUAUCACCCAUCUUACAAAUUAAAAUUAAGUACUUCUCCCAUUCUCUGAUCUGAAGAAACCUGUGGGUCUCCCACCUCUCCCUGCCUGCCAACCCCAAUCUAGAGCAUUUUGGGAAAUGGGGCUUUAAUUGCCAAGACUAUCUAAAAUAUUUUUUCUCCUUCUUUGAAGCCCUGCCCUAUUCAUCUCAGGAUAUAGAGCGAAAGACCCAUAUGAAGUGAGUUUUUAAUUUGUCAUUUACCCCUCACUGUUUGGAGUAAAGUCAAAGAAAAGACCUAAGAGGAGGUAAUGAAUUCUUCAUAUUCAUAUCCUCCCUUGGCCACACACUUAAUAGCACCUUAUUUAGUUUUUGCUUUUCUAAAACUGAAUAGUAAUCUUUAUGUUUUCUCAUGGUGGUGUUUUAAAUGUGAAUUUUGCUUGUGAAGUCCUCCAUUACAAAAGGGAAUAAAAAUGUUAAACGUAGGAAUUUGGGCAACCAUUUUUUCCCCAUGAUGUUUCUUACCUAUUUUAUUUACUUUUUAAUUUUUAUUUCUUUCUUUAUUUUUUUUUUAAAGUUUAUUUCUGACAGAGAGAGAGAGAGAGAGAGAGAGACAGAGCAUGAAUGGGGGAGGGGCAGAGGGAGAGGGAGACACAGAAUUGGAAGCAGGCUCCAGGCUCUGAGCUGUCAGCACAGAGCCGGACGCGGGGCUCGAACUCACAGACCACGAGAUCAUGACCUGAGCUGAAGUCAGACGCUCAACCGACUGAGCCACCCAGGCGCCCCAAUUUCUUUAAAUGUUUAUUUAUUUUUGAGAGAGAAAGAGACAGAGCGUGAGCAGGGGAGGGCAGAGAGAGAGGGAGACACAGAAUCUGAAGCAGGUUCCAGGCUCCAGGCUGUUAGCACAAAGUCCGAUGUGGGGUCAAACUCACAAACCAUGAGAUCAUGACCCAAGCUGAAGUCAGAUGCUUAACCGACUGAGCCACCCAGGUGCCCCUAUAGCUUAUCUUUUUUUAAUGGGUUAUGUGCUGCUGAACCUUUCUGUUAUCUAGGCCAGAAGCCUUUAUUGCAGGUCAGCUUCAGAUUCAACACCAGAAUCCCUGGGUAAGAAUAGCAGAUACUAUUUGAAAUUAGAUAUCAAGGUAAAAAGGAAAAGAGAGAGAGAAACCUGUACCUUCAGUUUCACCACUUGAGGCGAUGUUCAAUUUUCUGGUUAAUUCAAAUAAUUAUUAUGUUUCUACGUUUGGGUAUAAAUUGUAAACUUUGGGUUUUUUGGUACUGAUUGGUGUUGAUACUAUUUGGUCUUUGCUUUCUUGCUCAUUUUUCCUUGCACCCCACAACAAAUAUUUAAAUAUUUGUGGGAGAAAGCCAAUCAAGACCUACAGUGCCCAUUUGUCCUCUUAAGGAUUGUCUAUUAACAGGGCCUUCGUUGGAGGCUCCAGUCCGACUCCAGGAGGAGGUGGGCCCUUCCAACACAGCCUUAGAAGAGGGGAACGUUUCCAACUUCCCUGAUGAUGUUAAACGUAUCUCUGCACUCAGCCCACUUCAAAUAAUCUUGUAUUCCUGCAAGGCUUUAAAAAAAAAAGAAGAAGAAGAGCUCUUUUGGCUACCAUAUGUUUUAAAUUAGUUCAGAACUCCAUCCCCUCUCCUGGAGUACUCUUCUCCCGAUACUCCUAUAACUUGCUCUCUCACUUCCUUCAGAGCUCUGCUUAAAAUGCCAUGUUAUCAGAGAGGCCUUCUGUGACCACUGUAUAUAAAACAGAAAUAACAAACUCCCAGUACUCCCUCCCUAUAUGUCCUAACCUCCUGUUUAAUCUUUCUUUUUUUUUAAUAAGUUCAUUUUUAUUUAUUAAAAAAAUUUUUUUUUAACUUUUUACUUACUUUUGAGAGACAGAGCAUGAGCAGGGGAGGGGAAGAGAGAGAGGGAGACACAGAAUCUGAAGCAGGCUCCAGCCUCUGAGUUGUCAGCACAGAGCCCAACAUGGGGCUUGAACCCACAAACUGUGAGAUGACCUGAGCUGGAGUCGGUGCCACCCAGGCACCCCUAAUUUUUCUUUAUAACACUUACCACCAUCAGAUACAUACAUACAUAUGUGAAUAUAUAUGUAUAUAUUUUUUUAAUAUAUUCUUAUCUUUUUUUUCCUCUACCCAUUGUCCUCUCACAUGUAUAUAAUUUUUUCUGUCCCCAUCCAAUAAAAUGUAAGCUUCAUGAGGGCAGGGACAGCAUCUUUUUUGACCAAUUCUGUAUUUCUUUCCUUGGAACAGUGCCCAACACAUAGUAGACAUUGGGUAAAUAUUUGUUUAAUGAAUAAAGGAUGAACUCAUUUUUAUUUCAGUCUCCCACAGUCAGCAGUAUCCCAGGCAGCCAAUUUUUAAUGCUGGAAGGGGCCCAGCAGACAACCAUGAAAUGCCAUAAAUGAAUUCCAGGGCAGUUUUGUGAUUCCAGUGUGUGAACACUUAAACGGUCUGACUAGACGGCAGUGGGUCAAGACCCCCGCCUUGGAAGUCAUCCCAAGCUGUUCCCUUGUGAUGGUUCCAAGAGGAAGAGAGGGUCAGGAGUUGCUCGUAUCCCUGAGGGGAAGCCUGUACAUUGUAUGCAUUUUCUACAUAUUUUAGGAGCUGUCAUAUUAAAUCCAAGAGGCCUUAACUCUGUGGGAGUUUUCUUCCUUCUAAGGCAGUCUUCUGAGUCAGCAUUCUGUCUGGGAGUCCCUUUUACCUGGUCAUGACUUUCCCUGCUGAAUAGCUGAACAAAUAGGCAAGCACUGAUCCUUCACUAUGAAAUAGUAAACCUCGGAUAAGCCCGGCCUUGUCUCACUUUUUUUUCACCUUUUCUUAAUAUUUGUUGUUUGUUUAGUUUGAGAAAGGUUGGGAGGGGGGGCAAGGGAGCAGGAAGUCUAUAAAGUCUUAUAGCCUCUUUUAAACAUAGAGCAUGAAAUGAGAUGUUGAGUAAUAAAUAAGUUUCAUGCCAUAUAUAUAUAUGUACAUGCACACACACAAAUAAUUAGUGGACAGUUCUUUUAUGUUCUGUCUCCGCAUGUGUCUUAUUUUGUGUUCCAGUUUUAGGUGCACAUAAUUUAUUUGGAAAUGUAGGAAAUAGUAGAGGAAUGGAGAAGGAAGAUAGGGAAAGGAUGAGUGGUUUAGCGAGCCAGCUACAACUGUGGGCAAUUGGAGUUCGAUCCUGAGGGGAGAGUGUAUUGAACAUAUAUUUCAGAGUUAUUUCACCUGGGAACAAGGAAGCUGGAAUAUUGAUACACCAACUCCCAUCCGUCAUUGGUUGAGUGCUGCUUCUAAGUGUUCGUUCACCAGAACAGCCUGCAGCCUCCUAGGCUUUGGCUUAGAUAACCGGUUGGAGAUCAGGUACAGUACAUGCAGCAAUAAGGCCUGAGGGAUAUGAGCCAGGCAUCAAGGAUCGAGCUAUGCCAUACUUGCUGUUACUGCUGAAACAGCACCCAUUACUUUACCUUUGCUCCUUCCUUUCACCUUUUCACAUCUUUACCCAAGGCCAGCUCAGUGCUCAAAUCGAUCUUGCUUUGCCUCUUGUGAAUCACCAUCUUAUUUCUCAUAAUGGCACCUAGUGAUUUCUACUUCAUGGAAUGGUAGUCAUGUACCUACAUGUAUGUUUUCUACCUCAUUUAAGCUCCUUGGGAACCCAGGUGUUACCUUACAUAUCUUUGUAAGCCCCAGAGUAUCUGGCACAGAAAUGCUUCGUUAGUAUGUAAUCAAUGAAUCUUUACCUCUAACUAGUAGGUGGUUUUGCAAACAGGCUUGAGAGGAAAGCCCUUGGGCUACUGAAUUCCCGCUUCCUAAUUUUAACAAGGAAAAUGUUAUAAACUACAGGGAGUUAGUUACUGGAUGAAUCCUAAAGUCAGGGCAACAAGGAUUCAUUUUUUUCUUGUUUUAAGGAAACUUUUUAAAAGUGUAUACUUUAGUAGCAUUAAGUAUAUUCACAUCAUUGUGUAACCAUCUCCACCAUCCAUCUCCAGAAGUUUUUUAUCUUCCCAAACUGAAAUUCCAUACCCAUUUAACAGCAGCUCCCCACUCCUCCUUCCCUCCAGUCCUUGGAAACUACCAUUCUACUUUCUGUCUCAAUGAAUCCGACUACCCUGGGCACCUCAUAAGUGGAAUCAUACAGUAUUUAUGUUUUUGUGAUUGGCUUAUUUCACUUAGCAAGUUCAAGAUUCAUCCAUGUUACAGCACAAGUCAGAAUUUCCUUCCUUUUUGAGAUUGAAUAAUGUUCCAUUGUAUGUAUUAACCACAUUUUUUAUACAUUGAUGGACACUUGGGUUGCUUCCACCUCUUGGCUAAUGUGAUAAUGCUGCUGUGAACACAGGUGUACAAAUAUCUCUUAGAGAUCCUUUUUUGAAUUCUUUGGAUAUUUUCCCAGAAGUGGAAUUGCUGGAUCGUGUAGUAAUUUUAAUCAUGUUUGAAUUUUUUGAGGAACUACUUGCUGUUUUUAUUUUAUUUUAUUUUUUUAAUUUACAUCCAAAUUAGUUAGCAUAUAGUGCAACAAUGAUUUCAGGAGUAGAUUCCCUAUAAUGCCCCCUACCCGUUUAGCCCAUUCCCCCUCCCACAACCACUCCAGUAACCCUCAGUUUGUUCUCCAUAUUUAAGAGUCUCUUAUGUUUUGUCCUCCUCCCUGUUUUUAUAUUAUUUUUGCUUCCCUUCCCUUAUGCUCAUCUGUUCUGUGUCUUAAAGUCCUCAUAUGAGUGAAGUCAUAUGAUAUUUGUCUUUUUCUGACUAAUUUUGCUUAGCUAUUUUUUUUUUUUUUUAUAUUAGCUAUCCUAAUGAGUGUAAGGCAGUAUCUUAUUUGGUUUCAAUAUGCAUUUUCCCUAAUGAUUAGUGAUGUUGAAUAUCUUUUCAUGUGUUUAUUGGCCAUUUGUAUAUGACCAUUAUAUAUAUUUUUUCUUUUGGAGAAAUGUCUAUUCAAGUCCUUUGCCCAUUUUUAAAAAUCAAGUUGUUUUUUGAUGAUGUUAAGGAAACUUUUUAAUUGAAGUCUUAUAAGAUUAGUCUUUGAGUGUCCUUGUCUUGAGCAUAUUUCCGUAAUGACUUGUCAAGUAACCAUGAGCCAGCAGCUUAGGGACUUUUAGCUCUGAUCUGAUUUCUACCAUUCCUUCCAGAGUAAUAAUAGAAUCUUAGAAUUAAAUGAGCUUCAGAGAGUGUCUUAGUCUGUUAUGGCUGCUAUAAGAAAACAGCACAGACUGGGUGGCUUAUAAAAGACAGGAAUUUCUUUCUCACAGUUCUGGAAGCUCAAAGUCCAAGAUCAGGGUCCAAGACCAGCAAGGGUUCUGGUGAAGGCCCUCUUCUGGGUUGCAGACUGUGGACUUCUCUGUGUGUCCUCACAUAGUGGAAGGCAGCUUGGGACAUAUGUUGGGUCUCUAUUAAGAGUGCUAAUUCUGUUCAUGAAGGGUCUACCCUCAUGAUCUAAUCACUUCCCAAAGGCCCCACCUCCUGAUACCAUUACAUUGGGCAUUAGGAUUUCAACAUGUGAAUUUGGUGGGGGAACACUAACAUUCAGACAAUAACAGAGAGCAACCAGAUGAGGAAACUGGACCCAUUUCUUUUUCCACUGUGCCCUGGGCUACAUGACCUAGCCCCUGUGGGUAGCAUUUGCUUUAUCUUUAAACAUGCCUUUCUUUGCCUCCUUUCUCAUAUUCCUACAAGUAUUUUGAAGACUGCUGAAUUGAUUUUUAAUUAUUGUAAAGUAUUUACAUUAGGCAUGAGGUUGUGUGUAUGUUGAACUUAACAGUUUUUGGAAUUGUUCACACUGUCAUUUUUAAGUAAGAAGUUUCUUUAGAAAACUAUAGGCCUUUCUUUUUCUGGGGAGAUAAGGAGAUGAGACCAAAAGGCAAGAAGUAAUGCUGACUUCAACUUAAAGUAAUAUACUUUUGUUCAUCUUUGCAAGUAAAUGAGCAGUCAGAUUUGCUGACUUGUUGCUGUUAGGCAAUGUUAGACAAUGCUUUUAUAAGUCCUAAUUAGAAUCAAUCUGGUUCAGUGUCCUAUCUGAGAUGAAGUAAUUUGGAGCUGCCACAUAAAAGGGGAUUGCUUAUGCCCCUGGCACUAAUUCAUGGCUGGGUUGGCAAUGGCUUCCUGUUCAAAGAUGUCAGUUGACAGCAGGGAAGUUUAGGAUGCUUACCAUUGCAAAAAAAAAAGAUCUCUGGGAAGCUCCUAAUUUUUUUUCUGUAUUAAAAGGUUUUUUUUUUUUUUUUAAUUCUGAUAAAAAUACAUACAACAUAGCAAUCACUAUGGAAAUUAUAUGGAGGCUCUUUGAAAAAUUAAAAAUAGAAUUACCAUAUGAUACAGUAAUUCCACUACUUAGUGUUUGCUCAAGGAAAAUGAAAAGAUAUAUGCACCCCUAUGUUUAUUGCAGCAAUAUUUACAAUAGCCAAGCUACAGAAGCAACCCAAGUAUACAUUGAUAGAUGAAUAGAUUAAGAAAGUGUGUGUGUGUGUGUGUGUGUGUGUGUGUGUGUGUGUAAUGGAAUAUUAGUCAUAAAAAAGAAUGAGAUCUUGCCAC